AUGUCACGCGAGUUUCAUGCUGGCGGCGCGGCAAGCUUCGGGAUGCUGCACUCGCCGAUGCACGGAGUCAGCGUCAUGAAGGCUGUGCUCAGUCGAUGGUUGGAACUUGAUCUCACCCAGGUCGGCUCCGUCAUCGCCAUCGCCGGGGUUCUACCCUCUGCGUGGAGAUUUGUUCACCAUGUUUGGCGCGAAGCCACAAGUUGGAUCCGAAGGUUCUUUGUCGCCUCAGUCACCAUCCCCGGCCGGGACCCCCUGAACCGGAAUGUGGCGGACUGGGUGCUCGCCAAUGUGAUCGAGCUCAGGAGUCUCAGAUUCCUUACUGCACGAACCCAAGCCGGUCGUGAGUCGGACAGAGCUGCUCUGUUGAAGAAGACGAGGCGAGCAGUGCAGUAUCAUCCGCAUUGGGGCACGAUCUGGUUCUGGCACGAGGGGCAUCUGUUCUUCGUGUCUCGAGCGGCAGACGACUUCAAUGCCUCGAUGAGCGACCCAGCGUAUGAUGGUGUCGGUGGAGAGGAACUCACUGUCAUCUGUCUUGGCCGUUCCGUCGAGCCUAUCAAGCAGUUCAUCCAGACCGCACGAGAAUUCGCGGAGAGGCAGACGCAGUACUUUGUCAUUAUCUACGCCAGGGAUCGCUAUGGAGUUUCUUGGCAACCCAAGUCCCGCAAGCCUAUCCGGCUCCUGGAGACAGUUCAUUUCGACGAGCAGGUGAAGCAGGAGUUGCUCACUGACAUCAGGAACUACCUCGACCCCAAGACUGCACAGCUGUAUCAGCGGCGGAGCAUGCCGUAUCGCCGGGGAUACCUCUUCCAUGGUCCUCCCGGCACCGGCAAGUCAUCGCUCUCUACCGCGCUCGCUGGAGAGUUUGGUCUGGAUCUCUACGAGGUCAACAUACCGACAGUGGCAAGCGAUGCGGAUCUGGAGCAGAUGUUCCAGGAGAUUCCACCUCAAUGCAUUGUACUACUUGAGGACAUAGACGCGGUCUGGACCGGAAGAGACAUUGAACGAAGCGAGUACAGCAGCGGCAGUGCAGUCUCGGGUUGCACGCUCUCUGGUCUGCUCAACGUGUUGGACGGUGUCGGGUCCCAGGAAGGCCGCAUCGUAAUCAUGACCACCAACAGGCCGGAAUAUCUGGACGGCGCGCUCGUCCGUCCAGGACGGGUAGAUAUGAAGAUCUUUCUCGGAAACAUCAGUCAGAAAUCUUCCGGGGAGAUGUUUGUACGCAUGUUCGCUCCCGAAGUCCGGAUUGAUCAAGUUGCGAUAUCGGAGAGUGGCGCAUGGCCCGACAUGGAUCGCAUACGACAACUUGCGGCCGAGUUCGCGGCAAAGAUACCCGAGGACACUUUCACACCUUCCCAGCUUCAAGGGUUCUUCCAGCUACAUCUUGAAGAUGCCGAGGAGGCAGCGGCAAGCAUUGAUGCGUGGGUCGAUAGACACUUGUCGAAGAAGCACGAGAGGGAUUUUGAACUAGUAAACGGGGAUAAAGCCAGCCAGGCAUCCCACGACAGUUGA